UUUUCUUCUUCCACUGAGUUCGUUCCCAACUUAACGCGGUGCUUCAAAUCGAACUCUCGCCGCGAUUCCAUGGAACAGAAUCAACCACGCCACGUUUCGAACCACAAUCGGAUACCUUCGAUUCUGUAGAAAUCUCCAAGCAAUUCUCUGUUGACCUCGGAUUUUCAACGAAUCGAAUGGCUUGGUGCCGCUGGAUUCUGCUCUUCGUCUUGCUUUCAUGUCUCCUACGUUCACUUUGUGCUACUGAGGGUGACGCCGAUCCGGUUUACCGGGCUUGCAUAGAGCAAUGUGAGAAAACAGGAUGUGUGGGGGGAAAAUGUUUCCAGCAUUGUAAAUUCUCAUCUGAUGGAAAACCUAUUGAUGGACCAUGGUAUCGGCAAGAGCCCCUCUACCAGAAGUGGAAGCAAUGGGAUUGCCACAGCGAUUGCCGAUAUUACUGUAUGCUUGCUAGGGAGGAAGAAAGGGAGAAACUUGGUCACAAGCCUGUCAAAUAUGAUGGGAAAUGGCCGUUGCGCCGUGUUUAUGGCAUUCAGGAACCUGUUUCUGUAGCUCUCUCUGCACUAAAUCUUGCCAUGCAAUUUCAUGGCUGGUUGUCCUUUUUCAUCCUGGUGUAUUAUAAGUUGCCUUUGAGGCUAAACAAGAGGACUUACUAUGAAUACACUGGCUUGUGGCACAUCUAUGGCAUCCUAGCGAUGAACUGCUGGUUCUGGAGUGCUGUUUUCCACAGUCGGGAUGUAGAGUUGACAGAGAAGCUAGACUGUUCAUCGUUUGCAGCAUUAAUUGGAUUCGGUUUAAUUCUGUCAAUCAUACGAGCUUUCAACAUGAGGGAUGAGGCUUCAAGGGUUAUGGUUUCAGCUCCACUCAUUGCAUUUGUCACAACACAUAUUUUGUAUCUGAACUUCUACGCACUUGAUUAUGGUCUCAACAUGAAAGUUUGUGUGGGCAUGGGUGUAGCUCAACUUCUCAUCUGGGCAGUUUGGGUCAAUGUCUCCAGCCAUCCAUCACGCUCGAAGCUUUGGCUGUUUGUUGUGGGAAGGAGUCUUGCUAUGCUGUUGGCAGUCUAUAACUUCCCACCAUAUUGGGGGUUUGUGGAUGCACAUGCUCUUUGGAAUGUUGCUAACAUCCCUCUUACUUACCUCUGCUGGGGUUUUGUUAGGGAAGAUGCAGAGUUCAUGACUAUCACUCUCCUUAAGAAAGUGAAAUGAUGGUGUAUCCUAUCAAGCAAGCAAUACACUCGCUUGUGUAAAGAACGCCAAUGCUUCCUCAGGUCUUUACAACUCUCUACAAUGCUUUUAGCUGCAGAGGACUCUUUUGACAUUUCAUUCAAUUCAAUGGGGGGUCAUUAUUUCUGCAUAAUUUUAAGCUAGGAUUCAAGCUGUAAGGGAAGUGAAAUUCUUUUAAGAAUCCUGUCUUCUUUGAUAUGGUAGGUUUGUCCAGAAAGGCAGUCAGAAUUAUACUGUAAAUUUUGUAUAAUCUUUUAAGUAGGAUAUAUAGUUGACUUGCAUUGCUGAACGAUAGUUUUUCUCUGGAAAUGAUGGCACAACAAAGGCAUCCUCGUCAUUUCAGUCGAAAUUGAUUUGGGCACGGUCUCGCAAUGGUAUUGUUACUAUGUGAACUUCAUACAAAAAGGACUAGCCCUUUUGCAUUGCCUAUCAGUCUUAAAUCC